GCCCGUGAGGAGGCGGCUAUAAAGGCCAUUCCACAGGCCACUUUAGCUCCAUCUCCUCCGCACCACUCGCUACAUUUGGCAGGUUUCAGAGCUCGCUGCACCUGAGUCAGAAGACAUGGCCGUGAACCGCUCCUCCGCUUGGUCGUUGUACUCUCUGCCCUCACAAUCGGUCUUCAAACGGGGAUCAAGCGUCUAUGGCGGCGCCGGUGGCAUGAACGUCCGGGUGUCCACCGCCUCCUACGGCACUGGUAUAGGCUCUGGGUUUGACAUGGGGGUUGGAAGCAACAGCUUCUCCAUUGCCGGCGGCGAGAAACAGACCAUGCAGAACCUCAAUGACCGGUUGGCCGCUUACCUGGAGAAGGUGCGCUCUCUGGAGGCCGCUAAUGCCACUCUGGAGCGUCAAAUCCGCGAGUGGUACGACAGGCAGACCCCCACUGUCAGGGACUACAGCAAGUAUGAGGCGAUCAUAGACGACCUGCGCAGGAAGAUCAGUGUUGCCUCACAGGACAAUGCCAGGCUGAUGCUGCAAAUCGACAACGCCAGACUGGCAGCAGAGGACUUCAAAAUCAAGUUUGAAAAUGAGCUGGCAGUGCGCACUUCGGUGGAGGGAGACAUCCUGGGACUGCGUAAGGUUCUGGAUGACCUGACCAUGACCCGGUCUGACCUGGAGAUGCAGGUGGAAGGUCUGAAGGAGGAGCUGGUCUACCUGAAGAAGAAUCAUGAAGAGGAACUUGCAGCCUUGCGUGCCAAUGUCAAUACUAGCUCUGUGAACGUGGAGGUGGAUGCCCCAUCUCAGGAUGACUUGACCAAGACCCUGGAUGAAAUCAGAUAUCAGUACGAGGGUAUUGCUGAAAAGAACCGCCGUGAAAUGGAGGGUUGGUACAAGGGCAAGUUUGAUGAUUUGAACAAGCAGAUCGGAACAAGCACAGAGACCCUGCAGACCUCCAAAAGUGAGAUCAGUGAGCUGAAGAGGACCCUGCAGGCCCUGCAGAUCGAGCUGCAGUCUCAGCUCAGCCUGAAAUCUUCCCUGGAUGACACGCUCGCAGAGACAGAGUCCCGCUACAGCCUGCAGUUGAACCAACUCCAAAGUAUGGUAAACUGCCUGGAGAGUGAGCUUUGUAAAAUGAGGGCGGACAUUGAAAGGCAGUCCCAAGAAUACCAAAUGCUCCUCGACAUCAAGACCAGGCUGGAGAUGGAGAUCGCUGAGUACAGGAGGCUGCUGGAUGGAGGGGAUGUUAAACAAAGAUCUUCUGUGACUUCAACUGCCACCAUCGUCAAAAAAGAAGUGAAAGAAGUUGUCAAGCCUAAACCGGUCAUAACCCAGAGGAAGAAGGUGGUGAUUGAGGAGAUCGUUGACGGCGUAGUGGUCAGCCGCACAGAAGACGUGGACACGGAGGUCAUCCAAAAGUAAACGGACUGAAUCCCAACAGAUUCACCCCCCUUUCCCAGCUUCAGGGGCCCUACAAUUUUUUUCUGUUUUUGGCAUUCAUGUGAUGUGAUACCAAUCUAAAGUUUUAAACCAACCAGUGAAACUGUGUUUUUGUUAUUCCAUGCAAGUCAAGUCAAAUAUUUAUGUCUCCAAAUAUUUUAAAGGUCCUGAUAAUUCGAUGCUUUUUCUUUUACAAUAAAAUUAAUGUGUGCUUUUGAAAUGAAAAGAUAAUAAUCUGAGCCUAAACUAAAUUGAUUCAAUUUCUUUCCACCCCUAACUGCCUCAUGUAAUACCACAUUUGCACAUGGGUUGGCGCUGUUAGUCAACUUCAAAUAUUUUCACAUCCAGUACAGAGGUCACAGAAAAUAUUUUUGUAUCUGUUAAUAAUGAUGUUUGCCUCUUUUUUUUAAAGGUGUUUCAGGAUUUUGAUAGCAAUUGUAUUGCUUUUACAAUUUUUUGAAACUUAAAUCACAUAACUCAUAAACCAUCUCAUGUCCUGCUGCAAAAGGAUCAUUGCAUCUUUGGUUUCUGUUUUCUCAAGAAAAUAAACAUCCGUCUUCCACUAC